UUUGCAAUUAAAAUAAUAUUGUUGAACAAAAAUUCAGUAUCCUUCCCUUCAAGGAAAACCCCAAACUUAAUGAUGAAAUACUCUAAGUGUGGUAUUACAUAUUGUGAAGAUAAACAAUUAAACAGAGUAGACUAAAAAGUGUUGAGCACUGUACAAGAGAAAAAAUAAUGUUCCUGGGAUUCACUCUCAUUAUCACAGAAAAUCGGAGGCGUCGUGCGCACUAUAUCCCAGUCAGUUCCGAUCAUCUUACAAAAUAUAUAAUUUUGCGGUAAGAAUCUUUCGCUAAGGCGUAUGAGUCGAGGUUUUCAGAAAAAUAACACACACUGCGGCCAGGAGGAUGACAUCCAAAUGAGAACCUUAGCAAAAUCCAUAAUUUAAAGGAAUUCUUAGUUUAAUCCGUUUAACUUUUUAAUUCACGAAGCCGUAAUUAUAACACCCAACGGAGUUGUAUUUGACAUUCAUUAACAAGUUAGUCGUUUGAAUCAGGUAAACAUUAUUAGCCUACGUCUGGGUUUAGGUAAAUACAAUAUGUCAUGCAGCUCAUAUAAUGGCUCAAAGUCAUGUUUUGGAACAUCCAUCCAUCAUUUCCAAUUAUAUUUAUUAUUAAGGGUCAGGAUUUAACAAAAUCAACAUAGCUGCCCUCUUGCAUUGGGGGGCGCUGUUGAACGUGGGUGGAUGCGGUGUCCUGCACAUGCCUCAAACUAGUCUAUUUUGAUCUAACCCCAAAUACUCUAAAUGUAACCCGUCCGAAGUACAUUAGAUGACUGUUCGUGUACAGGUGAAAAACGACGGCAUUAUUAUGAAACAACUGCAUAUGCAUUUAAAACGACAUCAUUCUGCUUCAGCACCUAAGAAUGAAAUGCAUGGUUACAAUGAAACGCCUUUGGCGGAAAGAUGGGAGGCGGGGGGCCGCCAGCCAAUGAGAUUCCACCGAGGGCGGGAUAUGCUUUGCCGGUUACGGUGACUGGUCUGCGGAGCAGCAUCCUUAGACCAGCGCAACAAUGGAAUUAGCUUCCCAGUAGCUGAGGAUGAGCGACUAUAGGUGUUCAAUGGGAGGUCCUGAGUGGGACAGGGAACGGUGAAGGGACAACAUCGGUAUUAUUUAGUCGAUCGAUCGUACUCCGCAUCGCUUCUGACUAAACCUGCUAAUAUUAUUUAAUAUAUACACUCCUUCGGUCUUCGUCACAUCAGUAAAUCCGCGUUCCUGAGAAAUAACCAGACAUGGCUUUCGUCGGACUGAGAGCUACUUAUCACAGGACCUUGGACAAGAUUGAGCACAUGCUACCGGCUAAACUGAGACCCUUCUACAACCACCCAGCAGGACCCAGGACUGUAUUUUUCUGGGCUCCGGUCUGCAAAUGGGGCCUGGUUAUGGCCGGCCUGGCAGACAUGACUCGGCCUGCGGAGAAACUCAGCACGUCCCAGUCUGCAGUCCUGACCGCAACAGGAUUCAUUUGGUCCCGCUACUCAUUGGUCAUCAUUCCCAAGAACUGGUUCCUCUUUGCUGUCAAUUUCUUUGUGGGAGCUGCGGGCAGUUCCCAGCUCUUCAGAAUCUGGAGGUAUAAUCAGCAGCUGAACAGGACGGGGCAGAAUGUUUCAUAAGCUCUGCCCUCAACCUGUUUGAUCCUACAGCCAGAAAGGAGUUUCUCAGCAAGUGGGGGAGGGGGUCGCAAUGAAGGCCCUCCCCCAAAGCUAAUCUUUCCAAGAUAAAAUUAAUUAAAUGGAGAUUAUAUAAUUUACCGGGGUUGACAAAACACCAGUGUUCUUGUUAGUUCUGUAAUUGCUUAAAUAAUUGUUUAAAUAUGAAACAGUCAGCAGUGCAUCAGUUUUAAAAGUGUUUUUGACCAUAUGUCUUUGUAUGAUAAUUUUUUAAAAUUUUAAUCGUUCAUUUUUAGCAUUUGCCACCAGCUCUGUUCCAUUGAUGAAAUUUCUAGUUUGACAUUAACUCUGUAAGGCAGUGUUUCCCAAGCCAGUCCACGUUUUUGCUCCCUCCCAGCUCCCAGCCAAUCAGGAACACCGAAUACCUGGUAGUGGUGCGCUGGGAGUUUAGAGGAAGCAAAAACGUGGACUGUCCGAGGUACCCGAGGACUGGGUUGGGAGACACUGCUGUAAGGAAUGUCUCCUAAUAAAUACAACACUGAGAUUGA